AUGAAGAGCCUUUUGAGAUACAUCAUCCUCUCCCUAAUCUCAUCCACUACCGCUCUCACUUUUCAUCACAAGCCGUCAUCGACUGACUACCACGCCAACGCCGGCGUCCUGCAAUAUGUCAACCCUCUCAUCGGCACCCGCGGCUACGACCCCAAUGACCUCGGCGGCAUGAUCCCCUCUGUAUCGCCUCCCUUCGGCAUGACCCGGUGGACGCCCCAAACCCGCGAAAACUUCAUCUCCCAGGUCCCCUACAACGACCGCGACCGCCGCAUGCACGGCUUCCAGGCCACCCACCAGCCCGCCAUCUGGAUCGGCGAAAACGGCCAUGUGACGCUGAUGCCGGGCCUGGGAGACGAGAUCCAACCGCUGUUCCAGCACCGCGGGCUGGCUUUCCGCAAGGAAGACGAGAGGAGCACGCCGUACGUGUAUGAGGUCACGCUGGAUGCGGAUUCGGGAGGCGAGUUUGGGUGGAAUCUGACGGAGCAGGCGACCGCUUCGGCACAUGUCGGGCAUCUUCGCGUUGAUUUCCGGGAUACUAAAGAACGCCAGCCGUACUUUAUCAUCCAGGCGAGCCGACUCAACUGGACUGGCCAUGUCGAGAUCCAUCCCGAGGCUCAAGAGGUGUCGGGCAGUAACUCUCAGCGACAAGAGUAUCUCCUAGGGCCCGACAAGCCCGAGUCCUUCCGGCUCUAUUUUGUGUCGCGCUUUUCUGCGCCCUUUACGUCUCAUGGUGUCAGUCACGCAGGUGACUUGUACAGAGGGCAGAGAUACAUUGAGGACAAGUUUGUUGGAGCGUAUGUCACCUUUGACAAGUCGGUUCAAAGAGUCGAGGUGAGGACUGGCGUCUCGUAUGUCAGCGUGGAGCAAGCCAGGAAGAAUCUCGACAUUGAUAUACCAGAUGGGACGGCGUUUGAAACCACUGUCGAAAACGUCAAAUCCGCCUGGCUGGAAAGACUAGGCAGGAUCAACAUCUCUGGGGUAAACGACACCGACGCAGAUCACGAUCCGCGAACCAUCUUCUACACAGGCCUGUUCCACGCUCUGCAGUAUCCCAGCGACUACUCCGAACCCACCACCUCGUCUGAAGGAGGAAUGCGCCGUUUCUACAGCGGCUACACGGACAGUGUCCACGAGGCAGACGACUCAUACUACCAGUCUUGGUCCAUCUGGGAUACCUACAGGGCAGAGCACUCGCUCUUGACCAUCUUUGCCCCGGAACGCGUCAAUUCCAUGAUGCGGUCACUGCUGCGCAUCUUCGACUGGUCAGGCCGGCUACCGCUGUGGAACAACAUGAUUGAGAACAACGAAAUGAUUGCCACGCACGUCGACGCCGUGAUUGCAAACGCCCUGGUCCGAGGCUUCGACGACUUUGACGUCUCCAGGGCCUGGGACGCCGUCUACGUCGAUGCUUACGUGCCGCCCGACAACGACACCGAUCUUCUCUAUUACUCCAGAGAACCAAACACUCCUUACGAAUGUCGAGCCGGACUAACAAGUUACCUCGAGCACGGCUGGGUCGACAACGAUCGAUGGGCGGAGUCAGCCAGUCGCACACUGGACUAUUCCUUUGACGACUUCGCCGCAGCCGUGGUGGCUGAGCAUGCGGGCGAUCUGGAGCAUGCAAAAGAGCUGCGAGAGCGUUCGCAAAACUACAAGAAGCUGUGGAACCCCGAGACGCAGUUCAUGCAGGCUCGAAACGCAAACGGGACAUGGGCAAACGAGUCGUGGGGAUGGACAGAAGGCGACAAAUGGAUCUACACGCUCAACGUGAUGCACGACGUCGGCGGUUUAGCCUCGCUGUUCAAGGGCGGCAAGAAAGCUAUGAAAGCCCGCAUGGACGAGUACUUCACGGGAGGGCACAACAUGCACAGCAACGAACCCUCGCAUCACGCCCCCUAUCUGUACUCGGCCAUUGGAUAUCCCGCCGAUGCGGCACGGCAGAUUCGCGAGCUGGCGUGGGAGAAUUACAAUGCUACUGCUUCGGGGCUGAGUGGGAAUGAAGAUUUGGGUCAGAUGAGCGCUUGGUACGUCUUGUCUGCGCUGGGGUUUUAUCCUGUGAAUCCGGCGAGCGAUGAGUAUGUUGUUGGGACGCCGUUCUUUGACGAAGUCGAGAUAUUGUUGCCUCCUGGACCGGGGGAUGAUGGAAAGGAGCAUACGCUGGUGAUUUCGGCGCCGGGGGCGGGAACCGAGGGGAGGGCGUAUGUGAAGAGCUUAAAGGUCGAUGGCGAGGACAUUCAUAGGCCGAUGUUGAAGCAUGGACAGGUUGUCAAGGCGAGGAGGAUUGAGUUUGAGAUGAGUGAUGAGCCUACGAGUUGGGGUCAAGAGGGGACGGUGUAA